AUGGUGUCAACCUUGGAGGCCAACUCCAUAACUUUAGCUAUUGGGAAUAGAGGUGGUGGUGUUGUGCAAGUGCUUGGGUGUGAUUCACUGCGAGUAGGUGGUGGUGGAGUGAAAGAUAUACUUGAUGAUGAAGUUGAGGUGGCGUUGGUGGAUUCUGAGGUAUGUGAUUCAUGUCCUCCAGCAUCUUCUCCAAUCUAA